UUAUUAUUACUAUUUUUUUUUUUUUUUUUCACGCUGCCAACACUGGAUUUAGUAUUCUCGAGAAUCACAUCUGAUUACUGAUUUAGGUGUUGUUUUAUAAACCAACGUGUUGUGUUAUUAUCGUAAUUUCCUGAAGAGCUCACGACUGUUUACGUUUGUUCAGAACUCUGAAGCUAAGCUAAGCUAAGCUAACUGAACACAGUGUUGUGUUUGUGAUAUGAACUGCUCAAUAGUCUGAUUUUGAGGAUGUACACUUUAUUAUCGGGUCUCUACAAAUAUGUAUUUCAAAAGGAAGAGUACUGCAUCCUGAUCCUGGGUCUGGACAAUGCGGGAAAAACCACAUUUCUGGAACAAACAAAAACCAAAUUCAGCAGAAACUACAAGGGCAUGAACCUUUCGAAGAUCACGACUACAGUCGGUCUGAACAUUGGCACCAUUGAUUUGGGAAAAGCUCGUCUGAUGUUUUGGGAUCUUGGAGGACAAGAAGAACUCCAGUCUUUAUGGGAUAAGUACUAUGCAGAAUCUCAUGGUGUCAUCUAUGUCAUCGACUCCACCGAUGAGGAGCGACUGAACGAGUCAAAGAGCGCUUUCGAGAAGAUGAUCAGCAGUGAAGUUUUGGAAGGAGUUCCUCUUCUCGUGCUGGCCAACAAACAGGACGUCGAGGUGGCGCUGUGCUCCUUCAUUUCCACAUUGAGUCGUAAAGACUGCGCUGCUGGUCUUGUGUUCGUCAGAACUGUCUGUCUGUGCCUGACAUCAAGACGGUUUUCAGCGACUGUGCUCCAAAAAUCGGUAAAAGAGACUGUCUGGUGCAGCCCUGCAGUGCUUUAUCAGGGCAGGGAGUGAACGACGGCAUUGAAUGGAUGGUCAAAUGUGUGAUCCGAAACAUUCACCGGCCUCCCAGACAGAAAGACAUAACAUAAAGCGGCUCCGUUUUGUGUGUGUGUGCUUUCUGUAAGUUAUGAUAUAAUAUUUGGGUGAUGCUGCAGACAUUGUAAAUAUACAUUACUAUGCUAAACUGACACUAGUUUUGUUUCCUGAUUAGUUUUGAUGUCCUCUGCUAAAAUCAGCUUCAGAUUAAAUCAAUCAUUUCUAAACCGAAUGAAACCGAGAAACGUUGUUUUUAAGACCCAACCAAUCAAAACCCUGUUUCUUAAUAACUCACCAAUUCUAUAAUAAAGAGCAGAGAUGGAAAAGAAA